GUGUUCCACAUGUACAAGCGCCUGGCCGGGGGAGAGUACCUCGGCUUCAACAACGGCGUCUUCCUGAGCGAGAGGAAGUGCGCCGACCGGAACUUCGCUCUCGCCUACUUCAUGAGGGAGAACAAGUGCUUCCCUCCGAACACGAAGCUUCACGAGACCCUCGAUUUUUACUUCCAGCUGUGUUCGCUGGAGAUCACGGCGGAGGCGGGCGCGGUCAUGGCGGCGACCCUGGCCAAUGGCGGCAUCAACCCACUCACCGGGGACCCUGUGCUGACCGUGGAAGCCGUGAGAAAUACCCUGACUUUGAUGCACUCCUGCGGCAUGUACAAUUACUCGGGGCAGUUCGCAUUCAAGCAAUUGAUAGACUGUGGACCUCUCUUCGCCGCUCAGGUUGGACUCCCUUCCAAAUCCGGCGUGUCAGGCUGCGUGCUGCUGGUCGUCCCCAACACCAUGGGCAUCUGCCUUUGGUCGCCGCCCCUCGACUCCAACGGGAACUCCUGCCGAGGAGUUCAGUUCUGCAUGGAACUCGUAUCGAGAUUCACCUUCCACAACUUCGACAACCUCCGCAACCACAUAACCACCAAGACUGACCCCCGCAUGGCCAAAGCAGAGUCCAGGGCGCAGAUUCUGUUCGACCUCCUCUUCUCCGCCGCUGCUGGGGAUCUGUCUGCUCUCAGGAGACACUCGCUCUCGGGCACGAACAUGGAGGCCAAGGACUACGACGGACGAACGGCUCCACGUGGCGACGUCUGAGGCCACCUCGAGAUCGUCGAGUACCUCCUCAAGAACUGCCAGGUCAACCCAUUACCCAAGGAUCGCUGGGACAGAACGCCCCUUGACGACGCUCGGUGCUUCGGCUACCCGCGCUGCGGUCAGCUGAUCAUGGACAUGUGCAAGAAAAAAGGCAUCGAAAUACCUCCCCCUGUAACAGAAGAUUCAAUGAAAGAAUAGAGGGAACAUUGCUUGGUACUCUAUAUUUUUGACUUCCAUUUUAUCAGCGACUUGCGUGUUAAAGAAGCGAAAAAGACACAAGGCGGGUUUUAGGGGUCGGUGGUGUCGUCUGUGCGAAUAAGACGAAUCCGGAUCACUUCAGGAUUUGAAGCUUCGAUUCACCGCCAGGUCUCGGAGUCGCCAAUGUUGGACGACGGAAUUUAUAGUUAUAGUUAUAUAGGCUAGAAAUUUUAUAUACUUCGAUUCAGAUUGUUGUUAGAUAGAUCUAUUUUUAUAAGAUGAUAUUGUUUUUGUAAGAGCACUUGCUUCUGUCUUUUGUGCUCACAGCUGUUGUUCCCUAACGUAAAUGAAGGCAUAUAUAUAUAUAUAUAUAUAUA